UGUGGACGCCUGUGUAAGUGUGAGGCCAUCAUGGCGGCAUUUAAAGGCAUCUGGACUCAGCCCUUCUGGAAAGCUGUUUCAGCAGAAUUUUUGGCCAUGCUGAUUUUCGUUUUCCUCAGCCUGGGCUCUACAAUCAACUGGGGAGGAACGGAAAAGCCCCUGCCUGUAGACAUGGUCCUUAUUUCUCUCUGCUUCGGACUCAGCAUUGCAACAAUGGUGCAGUGCAUUGGUCACAUCAGUGGUGGCCAUAUUAACCCUGCCGUAACUGUUGCAAUGGUCUGCACUCGGAAGAUCAGCCUUGCCAAGUCAGUUUUCUAUAUUGCAGCCCAGUGCCUGGGGGCCAUCGCAGGGGCAGGAAUUCUCUACCUUGUCACCCCCCAGAGUGUGGUAGGGGGCUUGGGAGUUACCCAGGUACAUGCAGAUCUUUCUGCUGGCCAUGGACUACUGGUGGAGUUGAUCAUUACAUUCCAGCUGGUUUUUACUAUUUUUGCCAGCUGUGAUUCUAAACGAAGUGAUGUCACUGGUUCAGUGGCAUUAGCAAUUGGACUGUCAGUUGCAAUAGGACAUUUAUUUGCUAUAAGCUAUACAGGUGCCAGCAUGAAUCCUGCUAGGUCAUUUGGACCAGCAGUUAUCAUGAGUAAAUGGGAACAUCACUGGAUAUACUGGGUGGGACCAAUUAUAGGAGCAGUUCUUGCGGGUGCCCUUUAUGAAUAUGUCUAUUGUCCUGAUACUGAGCUCAAGCAACGGUUCAAAGAAGCCUUUACUAAAACAAGCCAGCAGUCCAAAGGGAAAUACAUAGAGGUAGAAGACAGCAGGAGCCAGGUGGAGACUGAUGACUUGCUCCUGAAGCCUGGAAUGGUCCAUGCCAUUGACCUCGAGAGGGGUGAAGCUAAGAAGGGGAGAGACCCAACCAAUGAGGUGCUAUCAUCUGUAUGACUAGCAAGGAGCACUGAAAGCGGAGAACAGUCAAGUAGCAUGCCCACAGAUAGCCUUCCACCAAUAAAAGAAACAGAUCUGUUGUAAAUUAGACAUGUAAAUCACCUUAAAAUUGAAGGAGAUGGCAGCAAUUAAUUAGCUGUUUAAUCUGACCACAUUUCCAUUUUGUUGAAAUGGUAGCCAACUAUUUUGAGGGAUCCUCACAGAGUAUUCCAAAUUCAUCCUUCCAGGGAUAGCAGUUGGGGGAAUCUUUCUCCCUUGGCAACCCAAGUGAAUGUUGAAAGAAACAUUUAAUGCAGGCAGUUAGGAGUAGGAAAUAGUACAUAAUCUUUGACAAUCUGAUUGACAGAUGAAACUUAUAUGAAGUUGCCUAUAGACACAGAAAAGCAGUGUCUAUCAGAUUGUUCUUCUGACACUUAAUUGGCUGCUGUCAAUGCUGAUUAGAAUUUUAAUGACAAAGUCUAUGGCAGGCUCAGUAACAACAGGGCCAGCAUACAGGAUGUAGCAAAACCUUUCAAAGCACUGGCCUUUUCUAUCUCCCUUUCUUCUAAGAGAGGGAAUAUUAUUUUUCCCCUCCAUGCUAUAUUUGGUAAAACAGUAAUACAAAAAAACAAGCAGGAGUUG